AUGGCACUCAAACUCAUUGUCGUGAUCGGCGCCACAGGCACCCAAGGGGGCUCGGUAGUCGACACGUUCCUCAACGAACCAGGCUGGACUAUCCGUGGCCUCACGCGCAACACUAGCAGCCGGGCAUCCCAGGCUCUCACGGCCAAAGGCGUAGAAAUGGUAUCCGCAAACCUCGACGACGUGCCAUCUCUGGUUACAGCCUUUCAAGGAGCCCACGCGAUCUUCUCCGUGACCGACUUCUGGAACGGGUUCCGCAAUCCUGAAAACAAAUCGAAGCUCGCACCCGGUCAGACCAUGAUGGAAUGGGCGCACGACUACGAGCUGCAACAAGGGAAGAACGUCUUCACCGCUGCCGCCCAGACGCACACGCUGGAAAGACUGGUCUUCUCGGCUCUCCCGUAUGUCACGAAAUGGUCCAAGGGGAAGUAUACCCAUGUGUACCACUUCGACGCCGAGGGCAGGGCGGUCGAGUACGCGCGGUCAACGUAUCCCGAAUUGAUGCAGAAGACCAGCGUCAUCCAGCUCGGCAUCUAUUUGACAAAUAUAUUGUGGAUGCCACAUUACCAGCCGCACAAGAAUGCAGACGGAGUAUACGUCUUCAGGACCAAAAUGGCCGCCGAUCGCAAAAUCCCGCUGGUCGCAACCAGGGAGGACACCGGCCCUCUGACAAAGGCACUCGUCAAUGUCGACGGCGGGAAAACUCUUCUCGCGUACCGUGAAUUGAUAACGCUGGACGAAUUCGCAGACACUUGGGGUCGCGCACUCGGUGUCAAAACAAAGUAUGUACCGACAGGUCCUGGAGAGGUGUGGGUUCCUAUUCCAGAGCUGCAGGAGGACAUUGAGGAAUGCGCGGACUAUAUCACCGAGUUCGGGUACGAAGGAGGCGAUCCCAGCGUCGUUCAUCCCAAAGAUCUCGGCGUCCCGAUCAAUCUGGGCACAGUUGAAGAGUGGAUCAAGAAGCAAGAUUGGAGUGCAGUAAUGUAG